UUCCCAGAUCUUCCGCGAUGAUCCAUCGCUCCAUGCAACGAGUAGUGCGUCCAUGUGUGCAAGUACGGCAUAGGAGUGACAAGGCGCUCAUUCAGAGCUGGAUCCAACCGCAUGUGGCGACGCCUCUCCAUGAGACUCGUUACGACACGUUGACCAUUACCCCUUCCCUGGCGGACGACCUUGCCGACAGCGACCCGUCGAUUGUGAACCUACGUUUGAAUCGACCCACGAAGCUCAAUGCGUUCAACAUGCAGAUGUGGAACGAACUCGAGUCGUUUUUCCAGCAAGUGGAGGCAACCCCGUCGGUCCGCGCGGUGGUGAUUCGAGGUGAAGGGCGCGGGUUUUCGUCCGGCAUGGACUUGCAAGUGUUUGCUGCGAUGCAAGAGAUCAUGGGAACUAUUCCUUGCGAUGCGAAAAAGCGAGAACGACUCAUGCAACUCAUUCGCCGUUUUCAGCACAUUGUGUCGGCCCCCGAGCGAAGUCGCGUGCCGGUCAUUGCCGCUGUACACGGCAUUUGCUGGGGAGGCGCGGUGGAUUUCAUCACGGCGUGCGAUUUGCGGGUGUGCGACAUCAGCGCCGACUUUUCCGUGAAGGAAAUCGACUUGGCCAUCGUCGCAGACGUCGGGACGUUGCAGCGCCUUCCCUUGCUCGUCGGGGAGCAGCGAGCCAAGGAGUUGUCGUACACCGGUCGAUCGUUCUUUGGUACCGAAGCCGAGCGCAUCGGGUUGGUGCUGGAAGCACAUGUGGAUUCCUCGGCCCUCUUCGCCCACGCGGCGUCCGUGGCGGCAUCUAUCGCGUCCAAGAGCCCUGUGACCAUCCGCGGCAUCAAGAAGACGAUCCAGUACCGCCGCGACCACACGACCGACGACUCGUUGCGGCAAGUGGAGCACUGGAAUGCCGCCAUGUUGCAGAGCGAAGACCUCGUCGAAGCGUUUACGGCCAUGACGUCCAAGAAGACUCCCCAGUUUCGCGAUUGAAUCACCCUCGAAAGUCAUCUUGUAUGUUGACUGACGCGGCAGUGUUGCUAGGCAACUAGCUCACAAACUCGUGGAUUCUCAAAGCAACGAGUAUCCGAUAAGCCAGAAACGUAGCCAAACUAUUUGGAUAUAGGUAGUUGUUUUACUGCAUUUUACUACGAACAGUAAUAAUUAGUACAUAAUUCGGAUUAAAAUAAGUCACACCCUAGUUAAUUCAA